AUGGUUAUUUCUGCCACGGAGUCGAAAAAAUUGAGGGGAGAAUUUCUGCAGACAGCUGCUGAUAUCUUUGAGAAUGUGCUCUCAAAACCCCCUACUCCGAAUAUUGUGGAGCUUUGGAAGGAACAUCAAGUGAUCAGAAGAGCUCUGGAUGAAAUCACCAGCAAGCAGGCGCAACUCAGUGACACCGACGUUCAGCUAACAGCGAAAGAGGUUGCGGAUUUUUUAUUAUGGGCUGAUCAAAUUGGCAUAAAACGCUAUGGUGUUACUGUGUCCGAAUGCGACGAAGUUGGCGGUUUAGGACUAUUGGCUUCGAAAGAGAUAGCUGAAAAAGAUCGUUGUGUCACUGUACCACGACAUGCCAUGAUUUCCGUCGAUCUUGCAAGGAAGUCUGCCAUUCUCAAAAAAGUUUUUGAAAGCGAAGUCAUUGUUCAGAAUAUGGCAAAUGUUGGUCUAGCCCUUUUCAUUUGUGCUCAUAAGGUGAAAUCUGAUUCAAAAUGGGCCUCGUAUCUCAAUGUACUUCCCAGUUUCUAUACGACACCACUUUUUUAUACUGAGGAGGAAUUGGUGCUUCUGAAGCCGUCUCCAGUCUUCGAAGAAGCUUUGCUAUUUUUCCGCACCGUGGCUAGGCAGUUCAUUUACUACUUAUUAAUGGUUGGACGUAACGAUGUACCCGCACUUAUUCCUAUGUUAGAUAUGGCUAAUCAUGAAUUGGUGAUGGGAACUCAAGACUUGGGAGAAGCCGUCUCUUACUGCACUGAGAGUGAUUGUGCGGAGAUUAUCGCCACAAAGGAUGUGGCAGCUGGUCAGUGGGUAAGCAUGUUUUAUGGUAGACGAUCUUCCGCUGAUCACUUGCUUCACAAUGGUUUUGUACCCGCAGGCGAAAAUCCCUUUGACAGCUAUAAACUAAAAAUAAGUCUGGGACGGUCAGAUAAGAACUUCAAAGAGAAACAGAAGCUUUUCUCCGAAAUGGGCUUCAGCGAGUCUUCAAAUGUCUACUUGUACGACAUUGGAGUAGGUCCAAGCCCACUCCAUCCUUCCAUGGAACAGUUUGCUCGGAUCUACGUCUCCGAUAUGCCUGCGAUAGCGAUAUCCGACCCUGCCACUCUGAGGAGAGCUGUUGAAUUUCUCAAAAAUCGUUUUGCUAUAUUGGAAGGCUCCUAUGGUAUCGUAAAAGAAGGCAAAACAUUGAAUGAAAAGAAUAUUGCUCUGUUGAAAAAGGCAGAAGUUGCAAUCCUGAAAAAUGCAAGAAUUUAUUGCGAGCGAUGGGAGAAGCGGUUGGGUGAUGUGGACAAAACUCCUUCUUAA